UCUGUCAGACUCUAAUCUCUCUGUUUCUCUUUCAACGUUCGAUCAAAGAGAUCUCCUUCCUGCAAUUCCUUCUCGCUCUUGAAAUUCGAGGUCAAGUCUCCGCCUACAUCUGCUUUGCGAGCCAUUGACACCUCUUCCAGAAAUCAAAUGCAGGUCGCGCGAUUGAUUCGGCAAAACUAAUGACUCGUCUCAGCCCAUGACUUCAACUGAUUCAGCAUCUCCUGCAAUACAUCCAUGGGAAGGAUGUGGUCUCCAUGAGGCACCAAUGGAUCCACUUCAACCAGAACCACAAUUGAAUGACAAUGAGGAAACUGAGUUAUACUCAGUGUCCUGGAACCAAGACUCUGGUUGCUUUGCUGCUGGCACCAGUCAUGGUUUCCGCAUAUAUAAUUGUAAUCCUUUUAAGGAAACAUUCAGGCGUGAUUUAAAAACUGGGGGGUUUAAGAUAAUAGAGAUGCUUUUCAGAUGCAACAUCUUAGCACUUGUUGGAACUAAAGUGAAUACUCAAUAUCCUCCAAACAAUGUUAUUAUCUGGGACGAUUUUCAAAGCAGAUGUAUUGGUGAGUUUUCAUUUAGAUCUGAGAUUCGUGCAGUCAAACUAAGACGGGACCGUGUUGUUGUUGUUCUUGAGCACAAGAUAUAUGUUUACAAUUUUAUGGAUCUGAAACUUCUUCAUCAAAUAGAGACUUUGGCAAAUCCAAGAGGUCUUUGUUGUCUGUCUCAUCACCCAAAUACAUCUGUGUUGGCAUGUCCUGGUCUGCAACGAGGACAGGUUCGAGUUGAACAUUUUGGCCUGAAUAGGACAACGUUAAUCAAUGCUCAUGAUUCUAAGAUUGCAUGUUUGACCUUGACAAUGGAUGGGCUUCUUCUUGCAACUGCCAGUCUGAGAGGAACUUUAAUAAGAAUUUUCAACACAUUGGAUGGAACGCGAUUGCAAGAGGUUCGCAGAGGGGUAGACAGAGCAGAUAUAUACAACAUUGCUCUGUCUCCAAAUGUGCAGUGGUUGGCUGUAUCGAGUGACAAAGGUACUGUUCACAUAUUUAGUCUUAGAGUGCGGGGAUUUGGCGAUCACCGGUCAACAGAUUCCACUGCUGCUACAGGUCCAAUAUCAUAUAACCAAAGUUCAUCCAAUGCACUUGAGCCCUUAAUCACUCGUAGUACUAGUGCUAAUCCCAGUUCGUCCUUUUCUUUCUUGAAAGGGGUUCUACCCAAGUAUUUUAGUUCGGAAUGGUCAUUUGCUCAGUUCCACUUCCCCGGAGUCACCCAGUUCAUUACGACAUUUGGUUCUCAAAACACUGUCAUCGUUGUAGGCUUGGAUGGGAGCUCGGCCAACUAUCAGCUUCUACCGGUGCAGCUUUGAUCCGGUGAAUGGAGGAGAAAUGGUGAAGCAGGAGUAUGUUCGCUUUCUGAAAACUGAAGCCGCAUCUCAGUAGUACUCUCCAAUUGUGUUCUGUAUUCUUUUUCACUCUUCCUAUGUAUAUAUACACAGACAGUGAGACAGAUGAUCGAUUGUACAAGUGUAUAUUGAUUGGAUAUCUUCGAUUGUCUUA